AUGGACCACUUUCCGACAAACUGGGGCCGCCCAAGAAAUGACCUGUACGAUGCGUACAACACAUUCCCGAUCCAUGCUCGACCGUCCAUCGCUAAGGACGCAUUCGCCGAGGGCGUACAGCACACGCAACAGCCCAUCGUGACUGGCACCAGCGUGCUCGCUAUUAAAUACAAAGACGGCGUCAUGAUGGCCGCCGACAACCUCGCUUCUUACGGCUCACUCGCACGAUUUAAGGACAUCCAGCGCCUUCAUCCCGUCGGCAGCUCUACCAUCAUCGGCGUCUCCGGUGACCUCUCCGACUUUCAGUACCUCCAGAAUCUCCUUGACGGUCUCGUCGUCGAAGAGUUCACAUACGGCGACAGCGAUGCGCACGACCUUGGUCCUGCUGAGGUGCACGAGUAUCUCUCGCGUGUGAUGUACGCCCGCCGCUCGAAGAUGAACCCCCUCUGGAACUCCAUCCUCGUCGGCGGUCACAAAGACGGCAAGUCGUUCCUUGCUUACGUCGAUCUCCUUGGCACGACCUAUUCCGCAUCUUCGAUCGCGACCGGCUAUGGUGCCUACAUCGCGCUACCACUCCUCCGCAAAGUCGUCGAUGGUGAGCACGAGCAGCUAACGGAAGAAGAAGCGCAGAAGCUGCUCCAUGACUGCAUGCGUGUGCUCUAUUACCGUGACGCGCGCAGUAUCGAUAAGUAUCAAAUUGCGAUCGUCAACUCAUCAGGCAUCUCCAUCUCCGAGUCCAAAUCUCUGGACACGAAGUGGGACUUCGCGGAAGGCAUCCGCGGGUACGGCGCUCAGACACAGUGA